AUGAAGAAAAAAAGAACAGGUUAUCUUUCCCUGGAUCCCUCUUCCUACUCUCACCCUGGCUCCCGAGGUAAAGUGCUUCCCUUUCUCUCUCUGCAUCUUUCUCCACGCGUGAGCAGUCAGGCAGAGGCCCACUAUAAGGGGAACCGCCACGCUCGGAGGGUAAAAGGCAUUGAGACCUCCAAGACUCGCCCCCAGGAGGGUGACAAGCUGCCCACUCUCCCCACCGCCGCCCCCUCUCCACCAGGCCCCUCACCAUCCAGCCCAGGCCCUGACCCUAGCGAACAGGAUGACGUCCAGUCCCGCCCACAUUCAAACGGCUCAGACAUGACACCCAGCCCCAUCCCCAUGUCGGUCCAAGACACCCCCCUGCUCCCUGUGUGUCCAUCCCUGCCCCCUUUGAGUACACCUUUGCCCACCACCUCCAUCCCCUCCCCGGCCCUUUGUGCCCCCCAGGUGGACACCCCCAUGGCGUGCCCCACUGACACCCUGUCCCCAGCCCCCAGCCUCUUUUCAGGGGAGUCUGAGGAGGACAAGGCCAAGAAGCUGCUCUACUGCUCACUGUGCAAAGUGGCCGUCAACUCCCUCUCUCAGCUAGAGGCGCACAACAAAGGUACCAAACACAAAACCAUCCUGGAGGCAUGGAGUGGGCUGGGCCCCAUAAAAACAUACCCUCGGCUGGGCCCUAACCUCAGCCCAGAGCAGGCAGGGGGGCUGCCCUCGGACCACAACACUCAGGAACGCACCUUCCACUGUGAGAUCUGCAACGUGAGGGUGAACUCUGAGCUACAGCUCAAACAGCAUAUAUCCAGUCGAAGGCAUCGGGAUGGAGUCGCAGGGAAGCCCAAUCCCCUCCUUAGCCGGCAUAAGAAUCGUACAGACUUUGUGUCAUCCUUGACCUUCUCAAAGGAACUUCCAAAGACUCUGGGCCAUGGACUGUUUCCUAACCCCCUGGCUGUUGCCGCGGCGAUGGCAGCCGCUGCCUCYUCCAAUCAACUGGCUCAGCUGCGUGCCCCUGGUCCCAUUUCUCACACUCAGAACUACCAUCCCCACCACCACCUCUUACAGGGCACACUACAAGGCACGCAUCUCAGCCUCCUACGGCCCGCCCCUGGGCCUAUGCGCACCACCCAUGGGCCAAUCCUCUUCUCCCCUUAUUGACGGUGGUGGGAUGGGGAACUAUCAGGAAGGAGCACACUGUGAAGUAAACAGGGAAAACCAUUGAUAGAUAAUAAACAGAUGUUAAAACUUAAAUAUUUGAAAUAGGAAAGACUAUGCCUUUUCCUCUCUACCCUUCCACCCUUCUUUGUUUAAUAAAUUCCACAGCAAAGGAUGGACAGCUUGCAGCCAUUUUAAAGAGGAAGGAUGCAUGACAGACUAAGAUGGACUUUCUGUCAACGCUUUCCCUCCGUUAACCCUCCUCCAACUUCAGUUAAAAAUAUUUGUAUAGGUCAAACUUGUACCCUGGCUGAGGGUGACUCAGUAAACUGAGCUCUGUUCUAUUUCCUCCACAUCUCUGUAUGUCUGGUUCAGUGAACUCCCACCCAAAGCCAUCUGCAAUAUAAGUUUCAUACUGCAAAACCCUGUUGGGGUGUUCAAUAAUCCAAGUGCAGUACCUACCUACAGGUGUAGGAUCUCAAUUUAAUCAACCUGUUGCAGAAAACUUGUAGUGUAUUUGAGUUCUAAAAAGGCCUAUGAAAUUUGUAAUUUCCACUUUGAAAUUUCAGACUUGACUUUCCCUUAUUAAAAAUGGAUCAACCCCCACAAAAAUGUCCAUUAAUUAUAAUCCACAUAAUAAUUCACAUUUCCUGCUGUAGCAAACUGGAUAAAAUUAAGAUCCUACAUCUAUACCCCACUCUGCAGUUCCAGGUUCUAGAUUAGGUGCCUGCUCUGCAGAUCCAGGCACAAGGUACAUUGUACUGUAUGUUUCCAGGUUCUAGAUAUAUGUUCUAGUGUUGUGUUGUGGAUAAUAGAUGUUAGUCUAUAUAUCCUCUGUUGUCAGAUCAGGUGAGAGAGAGAGAGAAGUGAAGGAAGCAAGGAAGGGAGAGAGAAACCCCACUGUAACUCAAGGCAGAAAUGUGUACUGAAUGCACCAAGGUAAAGCUAAACGUUUUUAAGAAAUCUGAAUAAGAUAUUUUAAGAAAUGUGAAUGAAUGCAAUGAAAAAUGAUGGACUUGUGAUAAACCAUUUAUUUAACUGUU